GACGUCACAUAAGCUUUCCCGAUAUCUCACAUUGUUUUUCCUCUUCAUCCGGGAAAAUCGACGGUGAAAGGCGUGGUUUAACCACUCCCCAAGGGCGUCGCGACGGCGCUUAGCACCCCCUCCACCAAUCCUUGUUCCUGGUUCGAUUAAAACUCUUCAGAGGGUAGUUUCACUAUUUAAUUGUUCGGGCAAUGAGCAGCACGUGCACAUAAAGAAGAGAUCACGUGGCUGCACGUUUUCCCAAUUACCACUCAACCUUUCUUGGUUGUCGACAAGUGUCAACAAGCGUCGGUAAAGAAAUACCGUGUAAACCACCCUUUAGAUCGCCUCUGUGCAGUGAGUUAUGGUAUUCCUGAUUUUUCGAUAAAAAAAUUCCGGGUUGAAAUCAUGUUUAAUAUCGAUGAUCUUGACAGACAGUUUUUCUUCGAUUCUAGUAAUUUUCUUAAUAAUAACAUAAGUAGUAGUGGGAGCACUACGGGCUCUUCUAAUAGUAGUGAUUUGUUCCUGUACGAUGAGAAUAGUAGUGAUUCUGCAUUGUCCACUUGUUCUUUCAACAGUGACCAGGAGAAUAGUUCAGGAUCAAACAAAGAUGAUGCAUCAUAUCGACACAGGAGAAGAAACAAAUGUCCCCAACAGCAAAUCCAGCAGAGGCAGGCAGCCAACCUAAGAGAGAGGAAAAGGAUGCAGUCCAUCAACGACGCUUUUGAAGGUUUAAGGUCACAUAUUCCUACCCUGCCAUAUGAAAAGAGGUUAUCGAAGGUUGACACCUUAAAACUUGCCAUAGGGUAUAUUAACUUUCUCAGUGAACUAGUGAGGACUGACAGAAACGCGAAUACCGAGUGUUUUAACGGGCAUAACAGGAAUUUGCAGAAGGAUGAACCGAGGAAAGUUAUUUUGAGGGGUGCUGGAAAUUCCUACACUAUUCAUUCUCUAUCGUGGUCUAGAGCUAAAGAACCUGGUGCAAAUGGAGUGAUGCAUGCUAAAGUUUGGGUUCCAGAAGAUCCAAGAGCCAUCAAAGAAGGCAACAGCUCAGCAUUCAACAUAUCGAAUAACUGAUUGACAGUUAUGAGAAUUUAAUGGAAUUGUUUCUCUUAUAUUUAUUUUCAUCUAUAGUUUU